AUGGCACAACCUGCUGGUUCAUCAGCCUCUUUUGCACCUAGAUAUCAGGCUCCGCUUGUUGAUACUGGAUCAACCAGCCGAAAUCGAACUUGGGCGGCUGUGUGGUUAUGUAAUACAUCUGAUACCGUGUUGGCUGUGCCGCGUAUCAAAAUUACAACUGGAACAAUCAAGCAGACCACCGCAGAUGAACUCGGGCAAAAUACGAAAACAGAGCAGAUGGAACAGAACAGCCCUGGCAUACGGUUUGCCAGUGAUGCCCAAAAACAUGAAUAUUUUAUGGAGAAAGCCCUUGACAUGGGGACCAGACAUGCAGAAUUCCUAGCUAUUGAAGAAGUGUUGAGGAAUUAUCCACGAAGCAUAUUUCGUGAAACAGACCUCUACGUGACUGUUGAGCCAUGUAUAAUGUGUGCAUCUGCGUUAAGACAAUACCAGAUCAGGCAUGUCUAUUUUGGGUGCGCAAAUGAACGUUUUGGAGGGACUGGAGGUGUCCUCAAUUUACACUCGGACCCAGGAAUUGAUCCGCCAUAUGGCCUUACGGGAGGACUGUUCCGGAGGGAAGCAAUUAUGUUAUUACGCCGAUUUUAUAUCCAGGAGAAUGAAAGAGCGCCCAACCCAAAACCGAAAAAAGAUCGGGAACUAAAGAAUGAUUUUGGCGAAGAUGCGAGCAUGGGGAUGGAAUUCGCGGAGAUUUUGCCCCUGACAUAA